AUGGAUGUUAUCAACUAUUCUUUUGAAAAACUGAAUCCAACUGUUAUAAUAUUCGAACAAGAAUUCAAAACUAAAACUUUAAAAGCUAUUGAGUGUGUGAAUCCACCCAAGCUUAAGUUUAUCUUAAGUUGUAAUUCCCAUCAGCCUUCAUCUGUAGAUGAAGUUCUGUUUAAGACCACCGCUGAAAUUGAAAGCUUCCAGGCGCCAGAAAUUAGUGACCCAUUUACAGUGCCAGCGUUCUUAGCUUUUACAUCGGGUUCGACAGGAAUGCCAAAAAUUGCUAUUCACUCUCAUGCAAUGGUGUUGCAGGGUCUUUAUAACGGCUGGUGGCAACUCCCACCACAAAGUGUUGUUUGUAUUUUGUGUGAUUUGCGUUGGAUAUGUCAAAUUGAAAUGACGUUGCAGCCUGUAUUCUUUGAUGUUAAACGUGUUUGCACCACAACAAGAGAAAAAGACUUGACUGGAGAAUUAGAGGCAGAUAUUAUUCAUACUCAAGGCGUUACACAUUAUUCGGUUGUUCCCAUGUUACUUUUAGAUCUUUUAAGAAAUGUUCAGGAAUCGGGAAAGAUAUCAAUCUUAGACUCCUUGCAAUCAGUUUUGCUAAUUGGUGAAGUUGUUCCCGAGCCAUUGCUACCCUAUGCCAAAAAAAUUCUCCCCAAUUGUAAGGUCAUCAAAUGCUAUGGAAUGACAGAACUGCCAGGAAUGGUUGUCUCCGAUGAGAUGGAAAUCGAAAAUCAAUCGAAUUUAAAUGGAGGAGGUGCUUUGAAGGAUGGUUUCAUGGUGAAAAUCAUUGACGAAGAUGGAAAUAAAUUGGGCCCAAAUCAAAAAGGACGACUUCUAUUCAAUUCGGAAGUUCCAAUUUUGGGCUAUUUAAAAGAUGAUAAAGCAAAUAAAUUGGUUUUUGUGGAUGAAGAAGGAUGGUUCGAUACACAAGACUAUGCAUUUAUGGAUGACAAUAAACUUUUGAACUUGGUGACACGAUCGAAGUUUUUACUUCGAUCUUCUACAAAAACAAUUGUUCCAAGUGAAGUGGAGAAUAUUAUGACUGGACAUGAGAGUGUUUUGGCAUGUGCGUUAAUUGGACAUCCAGAUCCUGUUCAGUUGGACGAUGAUAUUGGUACAGUGUUUGUUGUAUUGAAAAAUCAUCAAAAUGUAGUCGAUGAUGAGGUUGAGACUGAUUUAAAGACAUUCCUUAAGACUAAACUCACAGAAGAACAAUUGCAAAUUGUUAGGUUUUUAAGAGUAAUUUCGGAAUUACCAUUAACAACUUGCUCGAAAGUAAAUCGAAAAAAAUUAAAAACAAUUGCUGCUACAGAAAUGUCAGAAAAAUAUUCAUUACUGUUCUAAAUUUUUUACUUGUAAACGUAACUUUUUUUUGACUGAUGUGUUUUAAGUAUUCAAUUCAAU